AUGCAUGGAGACAUCGCACUCGCCAAGUCGCUCUAUAGAGCCUCCCUCAGGGAGGUCAGCAGACUCCCCACCGAGUAUCUUCGCCAGUUCUUCCGGCUGAAAGUGAGAGACGAAGUGACCGCGAUGCUCAACCCCAAUCUGAAGUGCAACCCCGACAACAAGAUUCGACGGGUCAAGAAGGAACUCCGCAAACUGAGACACGCGAAUCUCGGGCACGUCUCCGAAUUCCAGUACGUCAUCAACACCGCCUAUGGCAGAAGGGGCCCAUUGAGAUGGGAACUCAUGCAAGCAAGUCGGUUCCACAGUCCUCGCACGUCAUCAUUAACCCCGAUUCUUCCCGGGGAUGAUUCUUCUCGACCUCCUGCAUGGUCCCCGGAGCUAGUUGCUCUCGUGGGCUCGGAUCUUUCGCGCCAAACAAAAGCCAUAAAGCCCGACCACAUCAAGAUACCUGCUCGCACUCCUCCCGGCCGCCUCAACCCGGAGUCGAACGAGUAUCGUGUUCUAGGACGGCUCAACGAGCGCAGAGAGGUGAAUCUCCGACGGCGUUUCUUUUCUCAGGCGCUAGAGAAGACUCUGUAUCCACUACAAGUCAUGAUCAGACAACCAAGUGAUCAGCGUAAUUCGUCUGAACGCAAGGACGACGAAACUCCACUCCCAAAAAUUCAAGUUAGAGGGACAGACCUUGAAGGAACGGGGAUCAUGGAGGGGCUAAACUCGCUCGCUCGCUCUACCACGGAUAUGCUGCCGAAAGCACCCCUUCCGGACUCUGUCGCCACGCCGCCAAUCCAUUCCCACUUACCCAGCAGGUUCUUGCGACGUCGUUUCCGGGAGCUCCUUGCCACGAUUCCUAUCCUUACUUUCACGCCCGCACCUUCCUCUAGUAGCCUUGGGGCGCCUGAGGGGCAGUAUACUGUAUCGCUUUCUCCGAAUGCCAGUCCCCGAGGAAAGGUCACCCAAUGGGCAUGUGCAGACGAGACGGACGAAGCAUGGAUUGCCGUAGCACAACAAAGUGGUAUGCCGAAGAGAAGAUGA